AUGUCAGGGGCCCAUGAGCAGAUCAGGAAGCGCCGCCCCCCCAAAACGUUCUUGAUCUCUACCGACGUAAACCUCCGGGACCAGCUGGAAGGUACCAUUCCGCUCUAUCGGGGGUUCAUCUGCCAGGAACAGGAUCCGGGUAGAAGAGGGGACAACCCUUGGGUUAAGGUGUUGGACAAUGACUUCAUGGGAAAAAUAGACAGGAGAUUGUUAGUUGAUGUCCCAUCUGACCUCACUGGCUUGCUGGAGGCUGUAUCAGAUCCAGAGGCUCGACUGAAACUUCUAAACCAGCCUGGGAAGUUGCAGCAGUUGGCUUCUCUGCCAUCUGACUCCCCGCUGUGGGUCAAAAUAGGUCAGCAGGAUGAUCUGGCAGAGGCAGAGCUCAAGUACAUCGGACCGCUGACCAGAGGGAGCAGUGCCGUGUAUUUUGGGGUGCAACUCAAGGGCUCAGCGGUGGGUAAAGGACAAAGCAAUGGCACUUACAAAGGCCAGAGGUUGUUCACCUGCCCCGACGCCUGCGCCCUCUUCGUCCCAGCCAGUCACAUCAGGCCCCGCCAGUGGUCCAGCAACUCAGACGGACAUGAGCGAGCUCGCGAACGAGAGCACCAUCGCACCAGCAAUGGCCACCACAGCAGCAAUGGCCGCCUGAAUCAUCAUUUUCAGCCACCACUGCAGCAACAACAACAACAACAACAUCAACAGCAGCACAGCCGUCACAUUAGUUUCCGCCAGAAUCAUCCCAACAGUUCUUCUCAGCUAUCCCCGUUUAGUGUCCUCUCACGAACUGCAGAGUCAGCACCCAUCACGGCUCACAACCAGGUCCAAGGCCCCGCGUCACCCCCGCCAUUCCGUUUAGGCCAGCGUGUGUGUUGCCACCAGAACGACAGAGUCUCCACAGGGGAGGUGGCCUACUUUGGGCCCCUGCCGGGCCGGGGCCCAUCAGGAAUGUAUGUCGGAGUCAUUCUGGACACUCCUGAUGGUAACUGGGACGGGAAUUACAACGGAGAGAAGCUCUGCCAUGUUCCUUCAAACCUCUAUGGAGCCCUGCUUUCAGCCAACAAGGUUUCCUUAGAACCAAAGUCCCAUCAUCAGAACCUCACUCACAAAAUUUCCAAAGCCGUGCUGAAACCAGCGCUGCCCCCGGUCACUAAAUCGGUCCCCAUCUCACCACCUGCCUCUGCUCCCAAGAUCGCCCUGAUGCCUCCUAUCAAACCAGCACUUAAAUCUCCCCCUCUGCCUCCACCAAAACCCACCCAGAAAUCUGUUCUUCCUGCCCCGCUACCACCUCCCAAACCACAAACGACACCGACAGUGGCCACCCAGCCGCAGCACACCAACGGCACACACGGACCUGCCUCACCGCUGAGGGUUACAGAUCACGGUGAUAACGCAGCUGAGAACGGAGAGGCAGGACCGGGCAGCAACCUCGAGGUGGGGUCGAUGGUUGAAGUGAACGACCCGCCAUUGUUUGGGGUUAUCCGGUGGAUUGGAUGGAUAAAAGGGAUUUCAGAGCCAGUGGCAGGAAUUGAACUGGACCAGGAGCUGUCUGCUGGAACAGACGGCAGUUACCUUGGCGAGCGUCACUUUCGUUGCCCCGCCAACAAGGGUCUCUUCGUAAAGCUUCGCAACUGUAGACGUGACUCCAGAUUCCCCGCCCCUGAGAUGCCUGUCAAUCAAGUGGAACGAUGCAACUCUAUAGCCUUUGCAGAGUGGGGCAGCGAGCGUGUGGAGGACCACACUCCUCCUGUCGAGGGUGACGAAGCCCGGGAGCUCUACCGGGGCUGGAAAAAAGGCAUCCAGGGACACCUCAACUCCUGUUACCUGGAUGCUACGCUGUUCAGUCUGUUCUCCUGCUGCAGCUCAGCAGACUGUGUGUUGUUCUGGCCCACUGACCCUGAAACUGACCAGAGCUCCAGUCAGGCUCAGGAUCUUCUGCGGUGCGAUAUCGUCAACCCACUGCGAAGAUAUGGCUACGUGUGUGCCAGUAAGACCAUGGCAUUGAGACGACUUCUGGAAGCAGCAAACAGCGACACUGGCUUCACCAACCAGGAGAAAGAUCCCGAAGAGUUCCUCAACAAGCUUUUCCAGCUUCUCCGAGUUGAACCGCUUCUCAAGAUCAGAUCAAUGUCUCAGCAGCCGCAGGAGUGUCACCUCUAUCAGCUCUUCCCGCCUCCCCUUCCCACCUCUCCCACCUCACCUCAGUCUCUCUCCCCGGUCAACUCCCCGAUCCCCCUCUCCUCAGCAUCAUCCAUGAGGGUCGCCAGCGUCCAGACCCUGCUGGAGUCCUCGUUCCUCCACUCCGGCCUCAAGUUUGUCGAGGCUCCCUCCUGCCUCUUGCUGCUCAUGCCGAGGUUCGGGAAAGACUUCAAAAUGUUCGACGCUAUCUUGCCCACACUCAGCCUGGACAUCACAGACCUGCUGGACGACACUCUGAGACAGUGCAGCAUCUGUCAGGCUGUAGCCGAGUGGGAGUGUCUACAGUGUUACGAUGACCCAGACAUCACUCCUGGACAUCUGAAACAGUACUGCCAGACCUGCAACAUUCAGGUUCACAGUCACAGGAAACGGGCGUCCCACAGCCCAGUGCAGAUAGGUGUCCCUGGGGGACAGUGGACAGGCCCUCUGCACUGCACCCGCCAGCGAAUGUCUCUCUUCGCCGUGACGUGUAUCGAGACCAGCCAUUACGUGAGCUUCGUGAAGCACGGGCCCCUCAACACCGAUUGGCUGUUUUUCGACAGUAUGGCGGACCGGGAAGGUGGAGAGAAUGGCUUCAAUAUCCCCCAAGUGAAGGCGUGUCCCGAGGUGGGCCGCUACCUCAGCUUGUCGGAGGAGGAGCUGAGCAGAGUGGACCCCGCCUCCUUGCGGGAGGCAACUCGCCGCCUGCUCUGCGACUCAUACAUGUGCCUGUAUCACAGCCCUGAGCUCAGCCUGUACAAGUGAACUGGAGACUCAGCACAAACACAUGAACUGAAAUGCCUUGUCCUCAGGUUCUCUGUCUCGUAUAUCUGCCAGCAUAAAAUAUUGCACUCCAGAAUAUCAGGAAUUAGAUGAACUCUGCCUUAUUUUUACCUUGACUGGUAUUUUUUUUUUUUUUAUUACUCCAUCCUGUGACGUGGAGUCAGAACCCUGAGAGUUUGGUUCCCAGUGAGGCAGGAAUGUGGUUUGUAAUGCAGUUUCUUUUCUCUGUGCUGAAUUUCUAUGUCUCUGAAUGCUGUUAGACAUAAAGACUGGCCUCGAAUAAAAAAAUAAAAACCCAGGAGGGUUUUUUUUGUAACGCAAACACAAACUUUGCUCAUCACUGGGAUCACUCUCCAGUCUUGGCUCCCCGCAGCAUCAUCUACUGGCAGGUCUAAAAUAGCAGCUGUGCUAAUAACAGCCCUGAGGUUCAUUUUAUUUAAUGUGGAACAGCCAAAUUUAAGCUGGGUAAGGGUCAUUCUGUUAUUGGAGUUUUUUAAUUACUGCUGUUUAAAACAGCUUAAAUAGCAGACAAUUACAGAUUCAUGGCCCAGACUCAAUGUUCACAUUUUCUGUGUAGCAGGAGUUAGUUUGUCUGCAAAAACAAUGCACUUUAAACGCAUUUAUAAAAUGGUGUUCAGUAAAGGAAAACAUGUUACCAGAGUCUGAGUAUAAGCCACAGUCCGUCCAGACAAAAAUCAGACACAACAAUCAGCUGAAUUCACAGCCAUACCUGCACACCUGUACUGUGCCUGUUGAACAAAGAGCCUUAUUUUUAGAUUAAGAGCUUUGUACACUUACCAACUUGCUGGUAAGCUCACCUGUGCCUUAGUGAUGCUCUCACACUGAAUAAAACCACUGUGCCUGUAACAUGCAACACGUGUACACAGCUCAGUUUGCGCUGCUUUAUUUACAUGUCAGUUUAUGUGUAUAUAACAGCAUUUUCUGUAACUGACAGCACAGAUUGCACAUUGAUGUUUAAACUUUUGGAUUGCUUAUGGGUUCUUUAAUAUAAUCCAGCUACAAGCAAUGAGAUUAAAAAAUUUG